AAAACAAACAGACACGAUGAAACUUCUCAUACUGGCAGCUCUGGUGGCUGCAGCCUAUGGCGCCUCCGUUCCAGUACCUGCUUCUAUGUUUCCAGCCAUCCAAGCAGGAGGUGUGAAGGUACUGCAAGCAGCCAUCGUUGGCGUCCAGAGAAACUUCAACGCUUCCAUCGAAGCUUUCAAGUCCGUCAACGUCACCUGUAACACUAUCGUGAAUAGGAAGAUAGAAGAGUGCAAAUCUUGCGUUACCACGUCCUGUGAAAACCGCGCCAAGCAGGCCUGCAAGCCUUCCGAUUUCCAGCUAGUAUUGGCCAAGGGUAUCGGUUUCUUUGCCUCCGACAUUCCCAAUUUCUUCUCCAAUAGUCUGCCAAACUUCUUCGUUGACGACAUUGGCGGCGGAGUAAUAAAGCUUGGAAAUGAAGUAGGAGAUUUCUUUACUAACACGAUCGGAGGCGGUAUUACAGACCUCGGCAAUAAUAUCGCCGGCGGUUUUAUUGACGUUGGAAAUGGUAUUGCAGACAUAGGAAAAAACAUUGGAAAUGGCAUUGUUGAUUUUGGCAAAGGCAUCGCAAACGGUUUCGUCGAUUUCGGUAAUAAAAUCGGUGAUCUAGGAAAUACCGUUAUUGAUGGCAUUGGCGGUGGUAUUGGCAAAAUUGGAGAUUUCUUCAGCGGCUUUGGAGACCUCUUCGGAAGGCGCCGUAGAGAUGUUCACCACGAGAUGGCCAUGCACAAGCUGAACCGCAUCAUGCGCGCAGGAGAGCCCGGAUGUGACGCCAUCAAGAACGACGCCUCUAACGCGUGCAAAUACUACAUCAAAACCUGCACCCAGUGCGACAUUGAAAAAUCUCGAGAUUGCCCUGGAUACAAGACUGCCAUGGAAAAUCUGAUCAAGGCCAACAAUGACCGCCAGUGGCUCUCCAAGGUUAAAAAGAACAACUAUGACAUCCUCUCCGUUACUUACGACCCAACCGCUUUCGACCCCGCUACCGGAGGCUUCAAGGGAGUCCAAGCCAGCGUGAACCUGUUCGGCAACGCUCUCUCCUUCACACUGGAUACCAACCCCUUUGACCCCACCAAGGCCGGUCCCGCCAUUGCCGCCAAGGCUGUUCUGAAACUCAGUGGAAGAGAAUAGAGAACGGAUCCCGUGCGUGUGCUGUAGAGCUACGAACCAUGCCACACAGUCGAGCAUAUUAAGAAGCAUUACUCCAUUUUUCCAUUUAAUAAACGUGUGCUGGACAAUAAAAUUAUGAUUUAAGUAUACGUUUAUGUCUGUUGCUUGGAUUUCAUGUCAAAAAUUUUAUUGAUUAAAAUAUCGG